UUUUCUAUUAAAACUCAUAACAGCUAAUAAAACCACACACUCUGUCUCUCUCGCUCUACGCGGCUCAAGUGUAGAGUACAGAGCAUGCAAAGACAAUCUCUGGGCUCACCUUCCUCGAAGCUCCACAUCCAUGGCGGAGGAGGAGGAGGAGCAAAAGAGGAGAUUCUCAAGGCAGAAAAAGACCUUAACCAAAGCCAAAACGACGACGAGGCCGACCACAAAUCUCUCAAGCCUCUCCGAUCAUCCUCUUCUCCCCCGGACAAGCUCAUUCACCUCAUUCCCCUCCUCAUGCUCUUCUGCUUCCUUCUCCUCUACCUCUUCUCUCACGAUCCAUCUCACUCCGAAUUGGCUCAGUUUGAUGGCUUCAAAAAGCGAUCCUCCAAGCUUACAGAUUCGAACGAGAUUGCCGAUUUGGAAAGGUUUGUGGUGAAAAGCGAUGUUUUCUCGAUUCGAAGCCUUAGGAAUCUGCAAGAAAUCGGAACAUACGCCCCGAAAUCUCGACUCCACAGGAAAAUGGGUGAUUUCUAGGCCGCAUUUUCGGCUCCUGUGUUUUUUUUUUCUCCUCCAACUCUCCCUCUUCCACCCCCGCUCCCACCCCCACCCCCCAACACGCACUUCCUCUAAGGUCGCGCGUGGGACUCCCCACGGAUUCACACGCGCGAAUCUAUCUGCCAUUUUUUUCGCACGUGUACAUGCUAUUGCUUUGCAUGCCAAUUUGUUGUUUUGUGAACGCGCUUCGGCGCGUGUUACUGAUAUCAUCAUAUAUGUAUAAAUAUCCAUAUUUAAUUA